ACAACGAGUUGCGAAGCCUACUACGUUGCUCGAUUCUACGAAAGACCAGUCAUAUCAAAAUGCCUGUAAAAACGAAAAAAAUAAAAGGAAUUUUAAUACCCAUAGAAGAACAAGUAAAUAAAUUGAGAGAAUUGAUUAAAGGGAAUUCUCUCUGCGCGAACGAUGCUGUAUCGACAAAAUCAACACUCUUUGAACGAUUGGAAUGUCUGGGAGAAAAGUUUGAGGUAUUGUCGAAGGAAGAGAUUAACGAUUACGAGGAAAUGGAAUCGAGGAUCGCCGGCAUAGUGGAGGAAUUCUGCUCCUUGGAUUAUGUCAACGAGAUGAUUGAAAAUGUGGACAAAGAAAUCGCAGAAGAGAUCUUAUGCGCUGUGCUUGAAAAAUUUAAAUUGGCGCUCGAAGCUUUGGAGAAAUUAGAGUGUUUACCAUUGAAGCAGAGAUUAACGGAUUGCAUGGAUUAUAUCAGCGAAAUGGGUCAAGCCAAUGAAAUCGAACACUUUCAAAAUAUCAAGGAGUUGGGCACGUCAAUUUUGGAAUUGCUCGGACCGUUACAAAUAUAUAGAAAAAGCUUAUCGUCUCGUAUGCUUGCGGAGAAGAUCAUACUGUAUUCGUGUCAAUUAUGCACUGCCUUUAAACUGCUAGUGCAGUUGGUACAAGAGCAGCAUCAGCUGAAUGCAUCCAUCUAUAAUUGUAAGAAAUAUGUCUGCGAAAGGCUCUGUUUCUGCUUGAAGAUGAUAAUAGAGAUACUGGAUGAACCAGAUCCAUUACCCGAAGAUGAAAUAUCCGAGAGAGAAAAUCAUUUUGUAUAUAGAAUGGACUUGGUACUGGAUAUAUUGUUGGAAAUGCCGAAUAAAUCGCAGGAAGAGCAAAUACCGGAAUGCAAAGAGUUGUGGUUACGAAUAGAAGACGUGUUCUCGUAUGCGAUGGCGAUCGCGCAAGUGUGCAAACCUUAUAACUUCAAAGCGAUCACCGGAACCUGCCAGUUCAUUAUAUCGGAAUAUGAAAAUUUGAAGUUUCAGCUGACGACCGAGUCGUGCGAUACGGCAUUGAACAAUUUGUUCAUGAACAGUUUGAACGAUGCCCUUUAUAGGUUAGAACGUAAAAUUAACGUGUCGGUACUGAAUCUUGUCAUGGAAGUUUUCAGCGAUCCAUUCAACGCUUUGAAAAAGAUCUUUAAGAUCUGCGGCAAUUCGUUAAACGCAAAAAAACGAUCCAAGAGCGAUUUGACCAACGCUAUAGAAGAAUUCGAUCAGAUCAUAGACAAAUCCAUGCAGAUUGGACUAUUCGCUAUUGCCUCUUGCAAAGAUAGAAAUCGUAUCAACCAAAUUCGAAAUUGCCUGGCGAGCUUCGAAUCAUUGGAAACUGAAUUGAUUUCAGCUAUUACUACUUUCUAUCUUCAUCCAGAAAGUAAAGAAAUGCGCGCGAACGUAGAACUUCUAACCGGACAGUGGCAAUUGGAAGCGAACAGAUUACAGGAUGCAAUAAAUCUAAUUAUGGAUUCGGCAGCCUACUGCGAGGUAGUUUUAGAUGAUCUUCAAGAACGUAUCUCGAUUAUGUCCAAUCGCCUUGAUAACAGAGAACCCGUUACCCAAACGCAAGUACAAAGCGUCGUGCGUAGAUCAUUGUCGUUGUCGCGUCAGAUAAGUACGACUAUAAACGAUAUUGGUAGCGAUAUAGUAAAACGAGAAACAGUAAUGAUGCUCAUAGAACUUAAAGUUGCAAUAUGUGAAGCUGAUGCCACUUCGCAAAGACUUCUGACGGACAAUGCUACAGAACCGCAACAAUUACGCGUAAUAAAACGAUGCGAAUUAAUUUUGAACGUUGUCAAAAGAUUGCAUCCCGCUUUGGUCGCCAUCAUGAACAAUACAUCGCUGAUGAGCACAAAUUAUGGGAAGAAUGGGAAAGGCCAAGGGGAUACUGUUCAUGACGUGAGCUGCCGAUUGGCAUCUAAGAUUUAUGGAUCGUCUUACGAACAAUACCAAAAAUCUGUAACUUACAUAAGAACUCCCUAUACAGUGAAAAAUUACAAAUCACCGUUAUCCAUACAAACAGCGAACAGCGUUUCCAGGGGUCAAUUGAAUCUAUCGUGUCUGAUACCUUACAUUAAAAAAGGACGCGAAAUGCGCACGGAACGGUCGGUCAUGUACAAAACACCGCGUAAAACCGAUCUCGCCGAUCAAUCCACGAUCGACAAUAAGUUAGAAUCCAGAAAUUUGACCAAUAUCAGAGAGCACCUUUUCAGUAGAGACAGCAUCAGUUCUCACGAUGAUAUUUGUUUGUUCGAAGAAAGUAUGAAUUUAACAGAUAUCUUAGAAAAGUUUGUAACCAGUUGCACAACUUUGAAUACAAGUAUGUCGAAAUCGCAGCAUGAGAAAACGCACGACGCAUCGAACAAAAAGUCCAUUGCACAUUUGACGGAACCUUUGGUCGAAUGCAUGGAAACAAACCCCGGAAUAACUCGUAAAAUGGAUCAGUGUUCGUCCAUCGGUGGCGGGGACGGCCCAUCGGUGAUGGAAGCAUCGAAAAAUUAUGAUACUCAAAGUAAGAAGUAACGCAAAAACGAUUAUUCGGCGAUUAAACGCAUUGGUCGCGAAUUUACAGAAAAAUGUUGAUCUUUGCAAA